AAAUAAGUUGUCAGUUUCUCUCAUAAGCCUCCACAUUUAACAUCAUGAAAACUGUUGUUGUUUUUUUAGUUUUUGAAAUAAUUUUUAAAUGUACGUUUGCUAAAGAUUAUUCGAGUUCCUUGGCCCAAGCCAAUAUUUACUAUCAGCGUCCAAUUCGACUUGGAAAUUCUAAAGAGGUUCCAAUGCUUGAUGUGGAGAUGUUUAGUGAAAGAACGAAUAUCAAACUUAUAAUUCAUGGAUAUUUGGGAAAUCGAGGACAUUCUGCCAUAGUUCCUGUUAGAAAUGCAUAUCUCUCACAAGGAACUGACAACAUUUUUAUGGCUGACUGGGAAAGAGCUGCAUCACAUGGUUAUCCAACUUCUAGGGGAUUGGUACUUGAAGUUGCCAUGCGUUUUGCUAAAAUUGUAUCCGAAUUUAUGAAAAAAAAUGAAAUUGAUCCAAAUGAAAUGCAUUUGAUUGGCCAUAGUUUGGGAGCGCAUAUUGUUGGAAAUAUUGGUCGAUACUUUAAUGGUACCUUCGGAAGGAUUACAGGACUCGAUCCAGCAUUGCCACUGUUUGUACCUCAAUCAGCAGAUGGGCUUCGUCCAGAUGAUGCCAAAUUCGUAGAUGUUAUUCAUACAGAUCAUCCUGUCUUUGGGGAUAUAACACCUCGUGGGAAGGCAGAUUUCUACCCAAACUAUGGCAGGGCACCGCAACCGGGAUGUACCAAUGAAGACCUAAGAACUCUUACAUCAUGCAGUCAUUACAGGGCUGUCCAAUUAUAUGCUGAAUCAAUUGGAAUUCCGAGAAACUUCCCAGCUUUUUCCUGUUCACUUCCUGAAAUUGUCUUAAAUAAUGUAGAAAAGUGUAGAAGGGAAGCAACUUUCAACACUACUGUAAUGAUGGGGGAAUAUAUCGAACAAACGAGAGCCAUCGGACAGUAUUUCUUGAUUACUAAUGCAGCGCCACCUUUUGGAUUGGGAGACAACUCAGAAAUUUAUAGGAACCUUAACUAUGUACAAGAACCACCUCCGCUAAAAUAAAAAAUCAAAGACACUAACCUUAAAGUAGCUCAGUUGUAAAUAAAGUUUUAGAUUCUGUGGAAAAUAAAUAAAUCUGUAUCUCACCUUUUUA